CCCUCCACACGUUCCAGUUACCUUAUCUUCCACCUCAGAUACCUCUCUUCACUCUUCCAUCAUCUUCUUCUCCCUCCAGACAAAACAUCACCACCACCUUCAACUUAAUUUCCCAGUUACACUGCCACCACUUUGAUUCCAAAUAACCACCAUCACCAUGUUCACGGCUAGUAAGCUAGCCUUCACAUUAACACCACCUCGUCCAUGCACUGCACCUUUGACACCAAUCUCUUCCUUGUCCUCUUCUUCUUCUUCUUCUUCUUCUGCUUCAGCUUCUGGUAUCAACUUCAUUCAGUUCAAUGGACGCCACUUAUGCCUCCGACGCAGGCUGUUUCUACUCUCUCCUAAGGCCACUGCAGAUCAACAAGGGAAGGUUGAAGAAUUUGAAGAUGAUUCAAAUGUUGUUGAUAGUAAAAUCCUCCCUUAUUGUAGCAUAGAUAAAAAAGAGAAGAAAUCAAUUGGUGAACUUGAACAGGAAUUUCUUCAAGCACUGCAAGCAUUCUAUUAUGAGGGAAAGGCUAUCAUGUCAAAUGAAGAAUUUGAUAAUCUCAAGGAAGAACUCAUGUGGGAAGGAAGCAGCGUUGUCAUGCUAAGUUCUGAUGAGCAAAAAUUCCUGGAAGCUUCUAUGGCUUAUGUGUCUGGAAAUCCAAUUAUGAGUGACAAAGAGUUUGAUGAGUUGAAACUGAGGCUAAAGAAAGAAGGGAGUGAAAUUGUGGCUGAGGGUCCAAGGUGCAGUCUUCGUAGUAAAAAGGUUUACAGUGACCUAUCUGUUGAUUAUUUGAAGAUGUUCCUGCUGAACGUCCCGGCUACUGUGAUUGCAUUAGGAUUGUUCUUCUUCCUCGAUGAUCUGACUGGAUUUGAGAUCACAUAUCUGCUAGAGCUGCCGGAGCCUUUUAGUUUCAUUUUCACUUGGUUUGCUGCUGUUCCCCUCAUUGUGUGGAUAGCUCUGUCACUGACAAAUGCCAUUGUAAAAGACUUUGUGAUUUUAAAGGGUCCUUGUCCGAACUGCGGUACUGAAAACACCUCUUUCUUUGGGACUAUACUUUCAAUUUCAAAUGGUGGUUCCACCAACACUGUCAAAUGCUCCAACUGUGGCACUGCAAUGGAAUAUGAUUCAACUUCAAGAUUGAUUACAUUACCAGAAGGAAGUAACGCCUGAGUGGAGGUAUGCCUGAAAAUCAUAUUUAUUGUUCCAGCAAUGGGAGGUCAUUAAUAGCAGUUCUUGUGAGAGUGACAAAUUUAUCAUUUAGCAAAUCGUCAUGUUCUUCCGCAAAUGACCUUGAAGUCAUGUUAUCACUAUCACACACAAUUGGUGUCAUCUCAAUUUAUGUGCCACCAUCCUACUUGUAAGUAUAUGGGCUUUGUAUAUAUACUUGUAAUAUGGACUUUGUAUAGCAUACACUGGAUUGCCUCGGCUUGAAGAGUUGAGUUAUGAGGGUGCUUAACACCAUCCAUGAGUCUAACCUAGAAUAACGUGUGUAAGGAUUUUUGUUACACACUCCUUCUAAGACCAGAACCUUUACAUCCCCCAGGAGCAUCAAGAACAAUAAGGAAAAUUGACUAUUUAAAUAAUUAAUGCUAAUUGACAUUAUAAUUUCAUGUAUUCAA